CGUGACCCCGCGGGGAUGUGAAUGGCGCGGGGGUUGCUCGGCGGGGCCGACAUGGAGCGGGAGAAGCUGCCGCGGAGGCCUGGCUCGGCGCUGCGAGGGGAGCGGCCCGAAGAGAGCGAGACGGGAGAGGCGGCGGGGCCGUGGCCGGGCUGCGGGAGGAUGCGGCCCUCCUCGUACCGCGCGCUGCGCAGCGCCGUCUCCACCCUGGCGCGCAUCGACGAUUUCUACUGCGAGAAGAUCGGCACCGGCUUCUUCUCCGAGGUGUUCAAGGUGCGGCACCGCCAAUCCGGGCAGAUCAUGGUGCUGAAGAUGAACAAACUGACCAGCAACCGGGGCAACAUGCUGCGGGAGGUGCAGCUAAUGAACCGCCUCUCACACCCUAACAUCCUCAGGUUCAUGGGGGUGUGUGUGCACCAGGGGCAGCUGCACGCACUGACGGAGUACAUCAAUGGUGGGAACCUGGAGCAGCUGCUGGACAGCCCCGUGCCCCUCUCCUGGUCCACGCGUGUCAAGCUGGCACUCGACAUCGCCCGUGGCCUGCGCUACCUGCACUCCAAAGGCAUCUUCCACCGUGACCUCACCUCCAAGAACUGCCUGGUGCGCUGUGAGGCCAAUGGCUACACGGCUGUGGUGGGUGACUUCGGCUUGGCAGAGAAGAUCCCCACCUACAGUGAGGGCAGCGAGAAGGAGCCACUGGCCGUGGUGGGCUCUCCCUACUGGAUGGCACCUGAGGUUCUACGUGGGGAGAUCUACAAUGAGAAGGCUGAUGUGUUCGCCUAUGGCAUCAUCCUGUGUGAGACCAUUGCUCGUGUCCCCGCUGACCCUGACUACCUGCCUCGCACUGAGGAUUUUGGCCUGGACGUCACCACUUUCCGCACCAUGGUGGGAAACGACUGCCCUACAGCCUUUCUCCAGCUGGCGUUUCACUGCUGCAGCAUGGAGCCCACUUCUCGUCCCUCCUUCCUGGAAAUCACGCAGUGCCUGGAGGGUGUCCUGCAGCACCAGCUGGGCACUGAGGGUGCCAGGACCACCCUCUUCUGCACUGGGGACAGCGUGCCUGCACCCAGCACAGUGUCCACAUUCAAUGGAGUGGCCAUGAGGGCGGCUGGCCGCGCUGAGCAGUCCCCGCUGCGUGAGCUGGGAACACAGCACCUGCAGCCGGAUCAGCACCUGUCCCGCAGCCACUCUGACGUCUUCCCCCCCAAAUCAUCCAUCUCAGAGCCCUGCAGUGAGGCCAGGACCAAGGAGACACCAGCGCGUGUCAACCCCUUCUCCCAGCGUGAGGACCUGAAGGGGGGCAAGAUCAAGCUCUUUGACAUCCCCAGCAAGUCGGUCAUCUCACUCACAUUUGACCUGCCCCCUCCAAACCCACUGCAGCUUGCCACCCCCAUCACUCCUGAGCCAGCCGUGGAGGUGCAGUGUGACUUCUCAGCACCCACCACCCCAUCCCGCAAGUGCCACUCGCUGCCUGCCUCCCCCGAGCUGCCCCACCGGGGGGGCCUGGCGCUGGGCGUGAGGUCCCCCUCCCGGCCCCCUGCCCCUAAGCAGUGCCGCUGGGACAGCGGAGAGCCGAGAAUCCCAUCCAGCCCCACGGUGGAGGAGCGGAGAGGCUGCGCUCCCCACCACCCUGAGCCGCCACCGCAGCUCCGCACUCCUGCAUCCACUAGUGGCACCUUCAUCCGCACCUUGGCCUCGGGAAGCAAUCCGUGGCAGCAGGAGCCACUCAAUGGGCAGCUCCUCAACAGUCACCACCCUGCAGCAGUCAGCAAGCCGCUGUCCUGGGGCAGCGGGCUGGAGGAUGGCUUUUCUGAGCUCAGCAUCCCCUGCGCGGCAGCGGCGCUGGAGCGGACGGAGUGUGCGGCCAUGCUGCCUGGGCAUGGCUCCAGCAUGGUGCUGGAGCAGGACGAGGUGCUGCCCUGCCCUAGCUGCUGCUUGGGGCCCUUCAGCUUCACCUCUGUUUGUCACCGGCCAGCACCCAGCCCACCCCGCUACCAGAACCUCAACUGCGAGGCCAAGAGCCUCCUCUGCCACGACCGCCUCCAGAAAGCCCAGGGGUCAGCGGAGCCUGGCCUGAAGCUGCCUGAGGCACAGUCCUAGUGGUGGGGACCCCGCUGGGAGCCUGGGGUGCCCCCCGCUCCAUCACAGCUCACUCAGCACAUGGAAGCCCUUACUGCCUGGGCGGCUGAAGUGCAAUAACACUGCUGCUCCAGGCAGCAGGGUCAGUUCCCCGCAGGUCUGAAGCCUGUGGGACUCCCCUGUCCCCAUGGGCUAGCCUUCAGUGGGCUCUCACAGCUCCUCGGACUGAGGACAAGCAGGGCUGAUCAGGGGGUGUGAAGCAGUGUAUGUGAGCAGUGGGGGUCCCAGCUGCCACCCUGCAAGUGUAGGACACCCACCUGGUCCCUGACACAAUGAAACACCGUGGUAUACAGGUGUCCGGGCAGGGGCCAGCACUGGGGGUCUUUGGGCACUGAGCCCCCAGCGAAUGUGUGCUGUCCUGCCUAGCACCAGGGACUCAUCCACAUUGCUCACCCCAAGCUGAGGGCACCCUGCAGCCCCCAGCAUCUCUUGAGUGGCCAGGGGAUAAGGGAGGGACAGGAGUGGGAGCCGGCUUUCCUCCCUCCCGCACAACGCACUGGUGAAUGCAGAACUGUUGUGUUUCUUUUUUUUAUUAUUAAUAAUGAUAAUAGCUAGUAAUAUAUAACCAGCUUAUUUAAGGUGUUCAAUAAAAACUGAAUGUCCCAGCAA